AUGACUACUCGAUCCAAAGCUGGCAUUAUCAAACCCAAAAUCUUCUUCACACUCUCAGUUACUGAACAACACACAUUUCAACAAGCUGUCAAGGACACCAAUUGGAGACAAGCCAUGGAUACUGAAUAUCAAGCUCUUCUGAAAAACAAUAUGUGGACCCUCAUUCCACCUUCAUCUCAUGGUAACAUAAUAGGAUGCAAAUGGGUUUUCAAGCUGAAAUAUAAACCAGACGGCAGCAUAGAUUGCUACAAAGCCUGCCUCGUUGCAAAAAGGUUCAAUCAAACUCAGGGUAUUGACUACUUCGAAACAUUUAGCCUUGUGGUGAACCCUCUACUAUCUGUGUAUUGCUCACCCUUGCACUCUAAUGGACCAUUCGAUAACUAG